AUGGCGCUGGAGAACUCCGUCUUCCCUUCGCGCCCGGAUUCCCUCUCUCUCCCCGUGGACGGGAAGGGGGAAGGUGAAGAUGUGGAGGUGGGUACCGAGGCCACCACCGCCUCCACCGGGGUGUUUAACCUAUCGGAGGAGCUGGGCCACGUUGUCACCACGGAGACAGCGCCGUCCCCGCCGGUCGUGGCCAAGGGCAACAGGUCAUUCCAGUCCAAGAUGGCAGAGCGGGAGGCCACAGCGAACCAGCAGAGGAAGAAGACUCAGCCGGAGAAGGAGAGGGGCCGAUUCGGUUGGGGUGAGUGUUCAAAAAUGUAAGAUGUGCUCGUUUCUUCAGACCGUGAGGAUCUGAAUGAAGGCUGCGGGUUCAUCAUUAAUGAGCCUUUAUCUUCUCCAGAGACCAGGAGCUAUUGACCCGCUCCUCAGCCUUGGUUUUCUCCCUCUCUCCCCUCUCUCUCUCUCUCUCUCUCUCUCUCUCUUCACACAAACACUGGAGACAGACUGAACAUGUGCACCUCCUCCCUGUCUCCAUCCCUCCUGCUAUAGUUGUGAAGCACCCUGCUGCAGAGCUCCUACCUCAGCAGCUCUCACAGAUUUUUUAUUUUUUCCAUUCGGCUCCUCCAGGUAGAUCAUGUUUGCUCCCCUGACUUCACUUUUCAUCUGUGUGGAAAAAAACAAACAGACCAUAAAACCUCAAAGAUGGUGAAUUUGAGGAAAGAGCAGUUUGUCCAGAGUGACAGAGUAGUUUAACUCCACCUCCUCGAAGAGCAGAGACUCCUUAUGCUUCUGAUGAUCAACUUUACAGAAAUACCUGCCUGUAUGCAUGAUAAAUACCAGGAUUACUGUACCUUACUAGUGCAGGCGCCCAUGAUGUUUACUUUAAACAACACAAAUCACAGCUAUUUUAAAACCUGAGAAAACUGAGACCACUGCGGCGUACACAGGCUGAGCUCUUUUAAAUGCCAACAUCGUGCUGCAGAUAUGGCGUAUCCACCUUAUUUGUGGCGACGGGAGAUGAGAGAAAUGGCGAAUAUUGAACAUGUCUUCUACUGUGGCUGAUGUCCACCUGUCACUGCCACUCCACAGUCAAACCCUCCUCCAGUGUUAGGGUCUGCACUGACCCGUUUUUGGUUUUAAAUCACCACUUAAAUUAGCUUUUUUGCAUCAAGACUUUUUGACUUGUCAGGAACCUCGAUUUCAACAAAACAGAAAUAAGAAAAUCAAAUUUACUAAAUUAUAAAAUGCUCUUAUUAAAAUUAUGGCACUUGUGUUAGGGUCGCUGUUGACCCGGUUAGAUCAAUAUCUAAUUAUUAAAGCAAAAAUUGAAAUCAUAAGUGCACUGUCAGGCACCACACUGACAGUCAGAUACUCUCACAAUCAUGUGAGAUUUAGGAAAUUCUCAUUUUGCCUGAUUUUUCCUGCACGAAAAACGUCAGCCAUGUCCAGACAUAUGAGAUCAAUUCAGUAUAGAUGUCUGUAUGAGGGGUAUACUGAGAAAGAAAGGUCCAGAGGCCCACAACAAAAAAUAUUAUAAGCAAUUUUUUCAUGGAUAAUGAAGCCUAACAAGGUCACGUAGAGAUGAGAACCAAAUUGGUUGAUAGAGAAGUGUUCUUAGUGUAAUUUACAGCUGAUUUAAGACACUAUUUAACAUAGUGGGUGCGUAGUAAAAGCUAACACAGGAGGAAGGAUAAGCAAUGGGUUAAGAUCGACACUGUGAUAGUAAUUCUUUCAUUACGACAAACAAAAAAAAAAACAUUCACUCUAGUCUAGAAGGAGACAUUCCAGUUUCUGCUGCCAUGCCUGUACAGGUAGGUUAAGUCGAAUAUAUGCCACAGUUUGUUUUCUUGAGAGGUCUAGGAAGAAUUAUUUGGUUUCCAAAAACAGAGAUAAACGAUUUUUCCCAGUUUCUGAAAUCAGGGUUCCCGCGCAAGCAUGGAAAGUAUGGAAGUAAUUCGAUCAAUUUCCAGGUCUUAAAAAGUUUGGUAAAAGAAAGUAGUAGUAGAAGUAUUUAUGUUAACAGGCUUUAUUACCACAGUUAUAAAAUACUGUUUUCUAAAAUAGAAAAGUACGUUUUCCAAAAAUAAUUUAAAAAGUAGGAUAUGGAGAAGUAUGGAAAUUCCAACUGUGUAAGACACCUUUUAAAUUUGGAAAUGUUCACGUGCACAAACAGAAAAACAGGAUCAAAACCAGGAAACUGACGCCUCUGCAAACACGCUCAGUAUGACGACGCCUGCCGAUGAGCACUAUCUGAUACCAGGGCUGGUGUAGCACGCAGGUAUUGAUGAUGAUUGUCUUUAAAAACAAUGAAAUAUCGACGUACUAAAAAAAAGUAUGUGCUGACACCGACUUCACAGUCGUGCUUAUUCACACCGUCAUAAAACAAAGGAUGAAGAAGAAGAAGAAGAAGAAGAAGAAGAAGCUGCUGAGGGUCAGUUAGCUGUACCAUCCCUCACAGAGAUAAAUUUCAAAAUAAAGGCUUAGUUUGACCAUGCAGGGAUUAAUGCAACCCAAAUGCAAGACAGGAAAAUGUCAAAAUAAAAGCAUGUAAAGAAACUCUCCCCACAAAAAAACAAAGAUCUGCAGCAGCCUUACAGGUGUACACUAACUAAAGUUCAGUAUUGUAGUUUUUCUCCUCCGAGUGUUUGAUGACGCCGUCCUGUCGCUCUUCAUCUCCUCUCUCUUCCUCACCUGUCUGUUCUCGUUCCUCUUAUCCCUCCUCUCCUUUCCUCUGAGCCUCACGGCGUCUCUCUGAGCGCUUCUGUCCCCUGGCACCUUCCUCUGUUUACUUUCCGAUCUCUCGCUGCGCCUUCAUUCAACUCGCAGUCUUGAGUCGUAUCUUCAAACGGCAGAACUUUUCAGAAAUGUAGAAAGGAAGCUUUGUGCUGGUUGUGUUUUUUGAAGUUUUCCUUUUGAAAGGAUUUCUCAGAACCAAAGGUUACGGGCCUGGGACAUCUGCAGAAAAACACCUGAAAUCUUGCUGCGGGUGUUUCCCACAAGGGCAAAAUGUCGCAUUUUUAGCUUUAGGCGUAUAUUUCUGUCUUCCUGACCAUCACCCUGUUUCUCCUCCAGCCCGGGCUCGGCGUAAGAGGCAGCGCUACGUGGAGAAGAACGGUCGCUGCAACGUUCAACACGGUAACAUGAGGGAGACUUACCGCUACCUGACCGACAUCUUCACCACGCUGGUGGACCUCAACUGGCGCUGCUCGCUCUUUGUCUUCGUCAUGGCCUACGCCGUCACAUGGCUCUUCUUCGGGGCCAUCUGGUACCUCAUAGCCUACUGCAGGUGAGAUCGCUGAGGACAAGUUUAUAUAUGUAACAGAGCUGAUUUCCAUUAUUCCACAGGGGGCGCCAAAUUCAACACAGAAAUGUUUGAAUUUGACAAACCACCCAUGUCUGGACGGUAUAUAUGAAAUAGUCUAUAGUACAUGGUUCCUAGUCUACCACAUGGUUCCUGAUGAUCCCCACGCUCUUAUACAUGAGGACGGAUGGGGAGUGAGGUUAUCGAGUGGGCAUUUUCCCAUCACUGUCUGAUUUACACUUCUGAGUCAUGUAGCAUCUAGGUUUGUGAAGCCCUGUACUUUUGCACAAGUUUAAACACAUAGCACUUCCUUAAAUAUGUGGUUACUAUGCAGACCACAUACUUGGUGAUCGCAUUUCCUGCAUUUCUACAUUUCCAGAAAUGCAGUUGGUCCAUCUGUAUGUUGUUCAAAAGAUGCAUGUAAUGGAUGCAAGGUAGUUAAGAAAACUUGUACAGAAGAAGAACAGAGGACUAAGGCUGUGUUCCAGUUACCUCGGAAGUCGGGGCUGGGAGUGAUGUUGACAGCGUUCCUGUAAACAAGUCGGAAACCGAAUCACUUGAGGAAGUGAUUUGGUUCAGUACGUUCACUUAAAAGAUUCUGUUCUUUUGAACGAAUCAUUUGCGAACGACCCAACACUAUCGUCGGUAAGCUGGCAUCAGUUGAGAGUUGGUGUUUGAGGGUCAAACAACCCACACCCACUCCACUCUCGCAGGUUUUGGACAGCACUCGAUGCAGUGAACACUUCACGUGAGCGGGGGAAGUGAGUGAGUAAGGUAGUGGGUGAAGGGAGGGCCCUAAGCCCCGCCUUCCAAAGUUUCUGUUGCUAUGUUGGACAAGCUUAAAAUAAAGAGCCAGAGCCGUGUCUGCAGCUGCAUCAUUUAUGGAGAGAUAUGAAAGUGCUAUUGAUCCUCCCAAUAAACUCUUUGUCCAGUAAGCAAAAAAUCAUUUCUUUUAAAAUAUCAAACUAUCUAAUUAAUGAAACCAUCGGCAUGGAAGCUGCUCAGAGAUGGAUGAUGAUGCUGCGAGCGAGACAUUUCUGCAAAGUAGGCAAAAAAAACCCAGACGUAAAAGCAGAUGACAAAGCAGUAUUGAUAUAACGGCGUAUUUCAUCAUGAUGUGUUACCUCCUCGCUGGAAGAUGUGUCUGCUGGAUCCCCGCUCUAAUUAGCUAACGUAUUCUUCUCAUAAAAUCCUGACCCCUUUAUAUCAAUAACAGGCCUCCUAAAAGUGUGCCAGAGAGCUGUCGCUGUUGCUGCAAUCCCUCGGCCACCAACACGGGUCAAUAAAAGUCAUGGAUUAUAUAAAUGACUUACACCACUUUCAUUAAUUAGCUCUCCCUCGCCGGCUGGACUCGUGUUAAUCACAGACAUUAGCUGUGUACCGAGGAGCUUUAGGGGGAAAUCUGCAGAUUUGCAAAAAGCAGCAGACAAAGUGGAGAUGCUCUCGGUGAUGAUGUAUGACAGGAUAUAAGAGGUUUCUGCGAACACUGACAUCAUGACUGUCAGCCUAAUCAGCACCAUUAAUCCGCUUCAUUAUAAAAACUCGCUGAAAGGAGAAUGUAAAUAAACAGUGAGGGAUGAGACGCCUCACAUGUACUUUGGCACCUCAGUUCUAAAAUUAUAAAUCUUCUCACUCUCUGUCUAUUUUUCCGUCCUGACACCCACUCCGUCACCCUCCCCUCCUUCUCUUUCUCACACAUUCUCCGUCUUUUCUUCCCAAAGGGGCGAUCUGGACCAUCUGGAGGACGAGACGUGGACGCCGUGCGUCAACAAUGUCAACGGCUUCAUCUCAGCGUUCCUGUUCUCCAUCGAGACGGAGACCACCAUCGGCUACGGCCACAGGGUCAUCACAGACCAGUGUCCGGUGGGCACCAUGCUGCUGCUGCUGCAAGCUAUACUGGGAUCGAUGGUCAACGCCUUCAUGGUGAGAAAGAGGAGAGAUACAGAAACGAGGCAACAAGGAAAAAAGGAAAAAUUAAAAGUUAUAAUCCAACAUGCUCAGUUAUUUCACUUUUCAAAAACAACCUAUUUUUGAUAAAAAAGUGAAUUAGAGGGUUUUAAAUUUGCUCACCCUGUCUGGAUUUUAACUCCCAUAACCACCCACUCUCUAUACAUAAUCCCAUUAUUACGUUAUUAUCAACUGGACUUCAAAAUGUUGCCGCAAAUUAUUAGGGGUGGGAAUCACCAGUGACGCCACGAUACGAUAUUAUCAUGAUACUUAAGCCACGAUACAAUAUUAUCGCGAUACAAUAUUAUCACAAUACGAUAUUAUCAUGAUACUUGAGCCAUGAUACGAUAUUAUCACGAUACGAUAUGAUCACAAGAGCAUAUUAUCAUGAUACUUGGGCCACGAUACGAUAUUAUCACGAUACUUGAGCCACGAUACAAUAUUAUCGCGAUAGGAUAUGAUCACAAUACGAUAUUAUCAUGAUACUUGGGCCACGAUACGAUAUUAUCAUGAUACGAUAUUAUCACAAUACUUGAGCCACGAUACAAUAUUAUCGCGAUAGGAUAUGAUCACAAUACGAUAUUAUCAUGAUACAAUAUUAUCACAAUAAGAUAUCAUCACGUCAUUUCCUGUCAGUACAUGAAUUGCAGGACAGGAUUAUGCGCUACUUUUUCCAAUCAGAGACAGUUCGGCUCCAGUAGCUCCAGUGACCGUGAUUAACACUUUUCAUGAUCAUGCCGCAUGAUCAUUAUCAUUGCUGAAGCAGCAUAGUGGGGGUAGUAUUUGAUCCCACUGUCACACCUUAGAGACGUCACAGCAGUGUAAAUAUUCUUCCUUUAAGUAAGAGUAUCUAAUUUACUUUCUGUCAAGACCAAUCUUUACCUACGCAGACAUGUAACUGGUUUCAAAUUAGCAAAUUCAGAUGAACCUUGAGUCUGCUUUUUCACUAAAACAUGUGCAUCUUCAUAAGCUUUGAAACAGAAAAGGACCGGUUUGAUUAAAUUCAGGCCUCAUGAUUAUUCACUCUAGGGGGAUUUACAUAUGAAAGCUAAACGGACAAAAUGACAUUUUCAUUUUGCGCAGAUGUUUCACUUCCCGGAAAAACAUGUUCAAAGUUCUGAUGAAGCGGAGUUUUUCCAUGAAGUAAGUGCUCUCUGAUGAAGAUGAAUCCACACGCUGACGUCCAGGCAGGGUUCAUAUUUAUUCAUGUUCAGGAGCUGGAGACAUGCCGUACUAACAGACGAUGAUGGUUCUGUGCAUCUCCAAAACAGCUGAGUGCAAGGUUGAUUUAAACGCUGAUGAAAAGGUUGUCCGUAUCCAGGACUCAGUUUUUAUCCCUCCUUUCUCUCCGUCCAGGUCGGCUGUAUGUUCGUGAAAAUCUCUCAGCCCAACAAACGGGCAGAGACGCUGGUGUUCUCCAAACACGCCGUCAUCUCUCUGAGAGACGACAAGCUGUGUUUGAUGUUCAGGGUGGGCGACCUGCGGAGCUCCCACAUCGUCGGGGCCAACAUGAGGGCCAAGCUCAUCAAGUCGAAACAGACUCAAGAGGGUAACGAGUUACACCUUUACGAUGCUUUUUAGCUUUUAAAAACAUUACAUGCUUUUUCUCUUCCUCACCUCUGUUUCCUCGUUUCCUUCAGGUGAGUUCAUCCCGCUGGAUCAGACGGACAUCAGCGUGGGCUUCGAGACAGGCGACGAUCGCCUCUUCCUCGUGUCGCCCCUCGUGAUCUCCCACGAGAUCGACGCCCACUCGCCUUUCUGGGACAUGUCGCAGGCCCAGCUGGAGAAGGAGGACUUUGAGAUCGUGGUCAUCCUGGAGGGGAUGGUGGAGGCGACAGGUCAGAUAUGAUUCAAGUGUAAUAAAGAAAUAAGAAACACUAAAAUCCUCUAAACUAUUUCUCCUGGUUUUAUUCGCUGGCUAGUAUUUUUGGAAAUAGAGGUCAGGAGAUAUUAUGAAACACAGUCUGGAAAUUUUGGAUAAAAACACCAAAACAUUUUGAAAAUGACUGAGCCGGGAUGCAUUUCCAUGUUUGCACAUGAAAUGAAAAUGUGGGCGAUGGAGAAAAGCAUGUGCUGCUAAAAAAAGGCCCUGCAGUGAAUGAAAGCGCCGCAAGUUUCUCACUGGAAAGAGUGAGAGAAAUAAAUGAACAGAUGAUGAUUCUACGAUGAAAAACUUACUAACCAAGACUUUUCAUCUCAUGUUUAACUCUAACGUUCACCUGAAAAAGCCUCUGCAGCUCAUCCUAUUAACAAAACUUUCCCUGAUAUAGUUUUUUAAAGCCUUUCGUGAUGAAAAACACUUAAAAAUGUAUAAAAUAUAACAGCAUUGUGUUUCACGGCAGAUAAUUCUGCGCAAUUUAAUUUGACUCUGUUGUAAAUGUAUAUUUGGCAGCAAAAGCAGGAAUUGAGCAUUAGGGGAUUAAUCCUGCGGAUGCAUAAAACUGUCUGUUAUUACAGUAAUACUAUCACAGCUUUACAGAAGGCAGACCCUGCCCAAAACUGUCCAUUAGAAAAUGAAAUCCCCCCUUCCAGGACGGCUAACUUUAGACGUGCAUUUUUUUAUCAGCCUGCGUUAUCGGUCUUCCUGGAAUCUUUGAGAGCCUCACAGUAUUGUGAUUAUGUGGGAAACAGGCAUGUAUAUUUAGACACAGAGUGAAAGUGAAGAUCUUAUAUAACAGGGACGAAACAGGAGAGAAAUCUGGAUCUUUAGAGGGCAGGUCCGUGCUUUUGUGCUCUUUUCUUGCAUGUUAUAAGAGUCUAAUGUUUUCUGUGUUUGGAUCAGACUGCAGUCUGUUGUGACCGGGUUGUUCGCAGUCGCACCAUACUUGUUCGAGAGCAACAUGAGAUUUGCUGAAAUUGUGUUAUCACCGGCUAUGAAAGCGUGAUAAACACAACACCAAUCAGAAACAUCCUGCUCUUUUUUUGUGGAGUUUUUGGCGCCCUCUCUAAACUUUCCAGGUCAGAUUUGUGGCUCAAAAUGAGAAAUGUGACUUUCCAAGCAUGGCAACAGCAGAAGAGGCUUCCAGAGUGUCGUAACGACACAGCAGCUUAAAAAGAAGUGUAUAAACAGUGUCAUUAUCCCUCCACUCUGAGACCAAACUCAACACUUUAAAGUCAUAAGGACACUCCUCUUCCUUCAAUAUCAUGAUCACAAACACAUCCACCUGUGAGCUGUAACCCCAACCCAAAACAAAGAGGGAAAGACAGGUGAGGAGAUGGAGGACGGUUCAAAAGUUGGAGCGACUGAAGUAGACGAAGUUAAUGUGAGAGGGGGUGAGCAGCUUGUGGAGUAGUUAUCGAGUUGAACUGAUCAAUAUAUUGUGAUAUUGAUUUGCAGCCGUAUCACCCAGCCCUUGAUGAUGCAUUGUUGUUGUUUUUGUUUUUUUGCUUUUAUUCUUUUGUCUUUUGUUUUUCCCUCUUAUUGAUCGUGAGAGCCUCAUUUAUCCCAGUGUUUCAUAUAGGCCUUAAUUACUGCUGAAACAAUCAGUUAAAUGCUAAAAAUAUCGAUGUCAUAAUACAUCAUUUCACAUCCCCAUAGAGGAGACUCUACUGUACAGAUCCAGUACUUUAGAGAUAUAUUUAUGAAGCGUCUCUGAGAGGUAAAGGUGGCCUCUCUGCCCACUCCAAAUAUUGAUUCCCUUAGUCAGAGUUACAGAGAAGUAGCUGCUGGUCAAACAAAGACAGCCUGUCAUUUAACUCUCCUGUAGUUCACAUUUAACAACACAAACCCUGUUCAUCAUGAAUUCAUGUGUGCUGUCGUUGGUGCGCAGGGAUGACCUGCCAGGCCAGGAGCUCCUAUCUAGCUGAGGAGGUGAUGUGGGGUCACCGGUUCAGCCCCAUGAUGUCACUGGCAGAGGGCUUUUUUGACAUCGACUACGGAGCGUUUCACCACACCUUCGAGGUAAUGUCUUAAAAAUAGUAAAGGUAGAUCUGGUUCCUGUUGAUCAAGAGUUAAAACCUCUCAAUGCAAAUCACCGGCGUCAACAAUAUCUGAGAGUGUUUAAGAAGAGUCAUGCUGUUCGUAGUCCUAUUCCUGUCUCCACCUACAUGGAGCUGAAUUCUUCUCUCCUGCUGAAAGGCAUUCUGGGACGCGCAGUCACUAUGACGUCAGUGUUUAUUUUCUUGUUUGUAUAAGAAGGGACACAAGUUCAUUCACCAAUGCUGUAACUGGAUGAAUUCUUACGCAGAGGUGUGUCCAGAGGGGUGAUCAGGGGUGGCCCUGGCCCCUUUGAGGUCUGUGUGGCCACCCUAAAAAUUCCAUGUUUCAAAUCCGUUCACCAAAAAAAAAAUAUUCUGACUGUAUAGACAACCAGUAUGAUGUAUCCAUGGUAACAGGACUCCCUCCUUCCAUCACAUUUCUCCUCCCCCAGGUGGACACGCCCUCCUGCUCAGCCCGAGAGCUCUCAUUGGCCGCAGCCAGGCUGGACGCUCACCUCUACUGGUCCAUCUCCAGCAGGCUGGAUGAAGAACCCACUCUGACCAAUCAGGCGGCAAAACAGCCAGACAGCGGCUCGGCCAACAGCAAAGGAGGGGAGCCGACCUUCAUCGUCGGGGAGAUGACCGACAUCCAGGAGCAAACGGGACUGGGCGAGCUGAACGGCAGCGUCGCCACCGACCAAUCAGAAUCCGAGGCCUAG